UCAACAAGCUUCCCUAGGUACCGAGUAGAGACCUGCGCACAUCCCAGCUCCGGAUCCGGCUCCCGCGCGCAUCAGGGCAUGGGGAAUCCGUGAAACGGCGGCUGCGGGGACACGCCUACGGGAGGCCGUUGCGGACGGUAUUGGCCAGCCUCUAGUGUUCCAUUUCUCCUCGCCCUUCGUUUUCGUUCCAUCGCUUUACCACUCUGCCACUGCCGAAUCAAAGUUCCAUGGUCGUGUCUCUGCCCAUCUGCUGUGCUCAACGGUCAACGAGACAGCUCCAUGUCUUGCUGGAGCUGUUUCCGAACCGCCCAGCUGAGCAUGGAAAGGCGUGCAGCCAUGGUGGUGCAAAUGCAGCUUGCACGCCCCGAGAUGCCUGGGAUGAAAGCCUGGUAUCCUGGACUCAUAGAACCCACAUCACAAAGCUUUUCGCCGGUCUCACUCCCUCUCCGGUCCUUCUUCUGUCUCUCUUUGCCCUCCGUCGCUCGCUGCUACAUAUUACCUAUACAAUCGCUUCCGGAUCUCAAUUGCAUGGUUUAUCUACCGCCAAUCUCGCCCGCCUGAAACAAAUCUUCAACAUACUUCAUCCGAAUCUACGAUUCUGUCACCGCCAAACUCCUUUGCCACGUGAAUUUACCGUUGCUCGCCUGCGCGGAUCCCUCGACCAAGCCAAGUUAUAGCAUAUCGACAUAAUAUACUAUCGGCGUUGUCAAUUCAUCUCGUACCUCACGCCUUCGGUCCUGGGCGUGUCGUUGGCACCGCAUUCUGGUCUUCAGCAAGCAUUUAUACGUCCUUCCCUUCGGACCGCGCUACUCUCCCCCGGCUCCGGGGACCUCCUCCUUUUAUGGCUCUACCACUGUCCCUAUAGGAUCACGUCUCGUUUGGGG